AUGCGGGAGGUGCUGGGACAGGCGACGGGGCUGCUGCAGUUUGGCUGCCUCCUCCACUGCUUCCAUGAGCACAUCCUUGACGUUACCAUCUGUAUCGGGCCCUCCAUGAUCCCUACCUUCAACCUGGAGGGUGAUGUCGUCCUGGUGGAGUUCUGGACCACGCGGAGGCAGAAGCUUGUGAAUGGAGAUGUCGUUGUCGCCAAGUCCCCGACAAACCCCAAGCAGACAGUGUGCAAACGAAUCUGCGGGAUGAGGAGGGAAGGUGAGAAGAGGCCGGAUAUCAACCCUCAUGGUGUUGUACAGGUUCCAGAUGGACAUGUGUGGCUGCAAGGAGACAACCUUCCCAACUCGACCGACUCGAGACACUACGGUCCUGUUCCUCUCGCUCUCAUCCGGGGGAAGGUGUUCUACAAGAUCUGGCCUCUGGGGGAAGCAGGAGUUGUGGAGUCGAAGUUGAUGAACCAGGAGUUGAAGGACUAGACAGUUUCAUCCCUUCAUUGUCACCAUGAAGUCAAACAGUUGCUGCCUCGGAGUGCUCGAACUCCGGCAGCUUCUUGGUAAGGAGGAACCAAGCGUAGAUAGCGGAGAAGAGGAAGAACAUUCCGAUGACGGGCUGGGCGGGAGGAUGUCAGUGUGAUCAGCCUUUGAAGAGCAACAAUUCACACCCA